AUGGUCACGCCAAGGGACCCCAAGUCCGUCAGGGAUGGGCGGCCCGGCCAGGGCUCCCCGCAGGCUGCCUCGGAGGCUGUCGUCCUGCGUCGGGUGCGGGGCCUUUACCGCGCACAGCGGCAGGAGCGCUUCACUGGGACUCAAUCUGUUCUGUUGGGGAGGGCUUCUGGCCGGAGGUGCCUCUUACUGGCCAAGCGGUGGCCCGUGUCCCGACAGCGCUUCCUGGCCUGGGGCCACAGCCAGAACGUGUCCGCGCAGGGGCCGCUCAUCCUGCUGGGCUUCCCGGGGCCGCGGGGCCUGCGUUUCGGGCUCCUCCUGCUCUUCCUGGUCAUGCACAUGCUCAUGGAGGCCGGGAACCCGGCCAUCAUCUCCCUGGUCGGAGCGCACCAGCGCCUGCAGAUGCCCAUGUACUUCUUCCUCUGCACCCUCUCCUUCCUGGAGCUCUGGGUCACCGCGGCCUGCGUGCCCAUGACCCUGGCCACCUUCGCCUUGUGGAGCGGAGCCAUCUCCUUCGUGGGCUGCGCCGUGCAGAUGUGCUUCGUCUUCUGGCCGGGCUGCGCUGAGUACUUCCUGCUGGCCGCGAUGGCCUACGACCGCUACCUGGCCGUCUGCCUGCCACCGUGCUACAGCAGCAUCAUGACGCCCUGCCGCUCCGCCCGCCUGGCCCUGGGCUCCUGGCUCUGCGGCUUCUCGACCGUCACCGUGCCCGCUGCCCUCCUGGCCUGCCUCUCUUUCUGCAGCUCGCGCAUCAUCAACCACUUCUUCUGCGGCGUCGCACCCUGGGUCGUGCUGUCCUGCAGCGACAUGCGGGCAGUGGAGCUGGCGUCCUUCAGCAUCGCCUUCUGCGUCGUCCUGGGCUCCUGCGUCAUCACGGUCGCCUGUGCCUGCGUCGUCGUCAGGAUCCCCUUGGCCCAGGGCCGGCAGCAGGCCUCCUCCACCAGCUCGUCCCACUUCACGGCGGUCCUCAUCUGGUACGGCUCUACCGUCUUCCUGCGGGGCGCCGUGGCGGAGGGCUCGCUGGACCUGACCGAGGCCCCCACUGUGCUCAGCACCAUCGCCCCGGCGCUGAACCCCUUCACCUACACUCGGAGGAACAAGGAUGUCGAGCAGGCUCUGCAGAGGUGGUUGCGGGGGGAACCUCGGCCCGAGCACCACCUCUGCAGCUCCCAGAAGACCGCCCGUUUAAAACUGUCCCUGGCCACUCACACCCGGCCUGCGGCUGACGAUCCGAUGCCCACGUGCCCCUCUUCAGGGCCCUCCUCUCUCGCUGGGGCCGACUCCACCCUCGUCCUUCCAGGCAUCCAUGCCCCGCUGGCUCGCUCUGGACAGGUCCUGUGGCCCCAGCACCUUGGAGGCCCUGCUGUGUGGCAGGCCCUGGUCAAGCUGCACCUGCUGUUCCAGGUGUGUCAGCCAGGUGUGAGUUCCCUGACCCACCUGGUCUCGGCAGCACCUGGCAGCAGCCAGCAAGGGGCUGGCGUGCAAUACUCGCUUUAUUGA